AUAGCAUAAGAGAGAGAGAGGGAGAGGAAGAGGGAAAGACAGAGAGGAUAGAACAGGGGGCUUACUUGAAAAACGACUAUGGUAAGGAUGUGGCAAUACUGAUGGACUCAGUGCAAAGAGUAUGCUAAAGACCAUGUUCAGGUGUUCUUACAGUUGAGUUCAAGAUUCCACUAAAAGUAACACUUCUACCUCUGCUGUGAAUGAAUGAACUUGGAACAUUUUAAGGUUCCUGAAGGGACACUCCAAAAGAAAAAAAGUUUCUCUUCCAUUUUUAAAUGAGAACAUCCAGUUUUUGAAGUCUUCCAACAGCCGGGCCGUGGACAGAUUACUUAGGACACACAGGGCAAACAGACUGAGAAGAGGUGAGGGAGCACAAAGGAGGAAGAGAGAGAGGAAUUGAAAAGGUAAAAAGAGAAGAAUGAUGGAGUUGCAAUGACUUCCUUCACCGAGAAGCCACAACUGAACCUGCCGGGGAGGCAAGGGAUUUAAAGGCACUCACAGAGUGACAAGACAAAGUGAAGGACAAACAGUGGAGGAAAGAGAGACUUAUCUGAACAUCCUGAUAAGAACGACUUCGCUAUGUUUCUCCCUACGGUGAUUCCACUGGUGCUCCUGCUUGUCAGUGGGCCAAGUUCUUCUCUACAAGGAGAUGCCCAGGAGUUUGAAAGCAGAGACGAAGUCCUGGAGAGGGAGUUCCUCUACGCAGGGCGCCAGAAACGCUCUGUGACCCCUGACCCCACCUCGCAAGCUGACAAAUGCUCCUACACCUUCAUCGUCCCGCAGCAGAAGAACACGGGUGCUAUCUGCGUCAACUCAAAGGAGCCCGAGGCGCUCCUGGAGAACCGGGUCAACAAACAGGAGCUGGAGCUCCUCAACGGCGAGCUGCAGAAGCAGCGGCGGCAGAUCGAGUCGCUGCAGCAGCUGGUGGAGGUGGACGGCGGCGUGGUCAACGAGGUGAAGCUCCUGCGCAAGGAGAGCCGCAACAUGAACGCCCGGGUCACUCAGCUCUACAUGCAGCUGCUGCACGAGAUCAUCCGCAAGCGGGACAACUCCCUGGAGGUGUCGCAGUUGGAGAACCGCGUCCUCAACCACACGGCCGAGAUGGGGAGGUUGGCCGCCCGCUACCGCGACCUGGAGCACAAGUAUCAGCACCUCUCCGUCCUCGCGGGCAACCAGAGCGUGCUCAUCGUGCAGAUGGAACAGCACUGCAAACGAGGCGGACAUGCAUACGACAUGGAGAGGGAACGGGCCCGUCCGGUUCGUCCGCAACCCCCAGUUGUCCCUCAGUUGCCCCCACAGAGGCCUGCAGUGCCUCCCAUAGCAAGCAAACCCUACCAGCCACCCACCUACACCCGCAACAACAAUCAGAUCACCAACGAGAUACAGAGCGACCAGAAUUUGAAGGCACUGCCACCGCCUCUACCAACCAUGCCCACAGGCACCCACAGUCCUUCCACCACCAACAAGCCCUCUGGUCCCUUCAAAGACUGUCUUCAAGCUCUGGAGGAUGGCCACACAGCCACCGGGAUGUAUCUGGUGAAGCCAGAGAAUGCCAACCGACUCAUGCAGGUUUGGUGCGACCAGAGGCAUGACCCUGGUGGCUGGACUGUCAUACAGAGACGCCAGGAUGGCUCUGUCAACUUCUUCAGGAACUGGGAAACUUACAAGACAGGCUUUGGCAACAUCGAUGGUGAGUACUGGUUAGGCCUCGAGAACAUCUACUGGCUGACCAACCAGGGCACCUACAAGUUGCUGGUAAUGCUGGAAGACUGGUCUGGCCGGAAGACCUUUGCAGAGUACGCAAGCUUCCGUUUGGAUUCCGAGGCAGACUUCUACAAGCUAAGGGUGGGACGUUACCACGGCAAUGCUGGUGACUCUCUCACCUGGCACAAUGGCAAGCAGUUUACCACCUUGGACAGGGAUCACGAUGUCUACACAGGUAACUGUGCCCACUACCAGAAAGGCGGUUGGUGGUACAAUGCCUGUGCCCACUCCAACCUGAACGGCGUGUGGUACCGGGGUGGACACUACCGUAGCCGCUAUCAAGAUGGGGUAUACUGGGCAGAGUUCAGAGGCGGGGCUUACUCUCUCAAGAAAGUGUCCAUGAUGAUUCGUCCCAAUCAGAACACCUUCCAUUAAAAUCACAGAAGCAGAAAGAAAAUGAAUCGCAAUGAAACCUUUUUUUGAUGGGCAUUCUCUCCCUCCCAUGUGAUCCCUUUUCCAAAUAUUGAGAAUAGGUGUUAAUUCAUUUCCGCUUGUCUUGGCUUUUUUUCAACUUCUUUGAACGGUGUGCUUUUAUGCUUAAUACGUAUCCAGAUGAUAGCAAAAAAGUGCAAUGGCCGCGUAGGCGUGUUGUGAAAAUCUGUAGUAUUUUACUUUCAUCUGCAAGCAUUCAACCCUCUACGCAGAACUAGUUUUCUGGAGAUGCAGGGUCAAAUGGUUUAUGUUUUUUUCCCUUUAACUAACAGUUAAAUUCUCUACGAACAUACAAAACUAUUGCGACUAUAGACAAAAGACCCCGGUGUUCCGUGAUCUUGCUGUCCCAAGUGACAGACUCGUAGAAAUGCAUGAAUGAAUGAAUGAAUGAAUGAAUGAAUGAGAAACAGAUAGCACUGGUAUCUUUCUUGUUCAGUUGCUGACCAAAGAUACCUGUAAAAAGUGUUUUUUUAGUACAUUUUUGAUUGUGAGAUAAAUAGGGAAAUAUGAUAUUGUCUUUGUAUUGUCGAUGAAGAAUAAACACAGUUGUGAAUCUCUACAUAGAACAUUUUUGAUAGUUGGAGCUUUCACUUGAUUGUUUCAUGAAUUCUGUUUUACAAUAUGCUUCUAAGUUCAAGGAAAUAUGACACUUUUUGGUGACCUUUUCAAAAACACUUAUUGGUACUAGUUCUUCUUCUCCACCAACAUAAAGAAGCAUGGAUUUUUUUGGUCAGAUAACUGCUAUCCAUCUAUUUAUCCCCAAAGAGAUAUUUCCCUUCAGUUUCCUGAAAUUCACUUUCACCCAUGCUAUGUCAAAUUUUGCUUAAAUAGUCAACAUCAAAAAUGUCCAUGGCAGAGAGGAGACAAAGGCAGUUAAGUUGUUUUCUCCAUUCAAGGACUCUUAGGAAUUUCCUGAGGGGAGGGAAGGGUGUCAUGAGGUUCAAGAAAGGGUAUCGUUAUGAAAAAAAACUAGUUCUUUGCCCCUAAAACUCACAACGCUUGGAGAGACAUCAUCGCUGUGUCUCAGUGAGCUAUUAGAGAGAAAUUAGGUCAACCAAUCCAUUCAGCUUCUCAUUGACAUGGUGGGUGAAUCCCAGAGAGAGGUUUAUGUUGCGGAUGGCAAGAUAAGGUCUAAAGACGGUGAUGGGGACUAGGCCCAUUCACAUUCCUUACGAUCACAAAGUCUAGAGUAAAUGUGUAGAUUAAGGUUACUGUAGAAGUAUCCUUUCAAGGGUCCACACACACACAUUUUAAUGGUGUAAGGGCCCUACAUAUCUAACAAAACCAUCAUACAAAGGACACUGGACCAAGCCAACUUACAACCCCUGAAAAUGAUCAUGUCCUUUAAUGUGAUGCAAAGUUGGGAUAGAAAUGAAGAGACAUUAAGAACACUGUGGCAGCGUCAUAGAUUACACUAAUGAGUUCAAUUGCUCUGUGAAUCCUUUGCAUGCCCCAUUUUGCCUUAACAUGAGACCUACAAAGACCCGACUACCAUGACAUAUUGUUACAACAUUAUCAUUAUCGGGGGUAUUUUCAAUGUUAUCCAUUGUUUAAGUCUUCUUUGUACAUAAGUUGUUUUAAGAUUAUUUUUUUAAUAUAAUGUAUCAAUAUAAUGUGUACCAUCAGAGCCUUGCAAUAAAUUAUGUACAGCCAA